AUGGAGGUAGAGUCCAGCACAUACACUGACUUUAUUUCCUGCGAUCGGGCUGGUCGGAGGAAUGCUGUCCACGACAUCCAACGAGAUGCAACCACCAUCAGCAUGCGCAAGCUGACUGAGGACCUAGGUGACCUCGCCGUUGAAGGAGCAGAAAGCCAAAGAGAUGCCACUUCUUCUGAGAACGACCCCGGAGCAAGACCAAAGGGGCAAGAAAACAGCCCCUCGCCAUGACAGUGUACAGGGGGUGGGAUGGGCAGGAGGAGGGCCUUGGUGUGACCAUUACACAAGAAUUUGCUAUUGAAUCUGCGGACGAAAGCUAACCUGGAACAGCAAGUUGUCUGUCAAAUGCCUCUGCUGCAACCAUUUUUGUUUAGAGAGCCACAAGAUGCUGUGCAAGGACUGGCACCUCCAAAAGACUUCUGCUCCCAUCCCUAACAAUUUAGAGCAACGCUGCCGUGGCUGUAGUGAUAUGAGCCAUUCUCCAGAUGCCUUAGCUGCAAUUUUCCCCUAGGGGAAAAAAACCGAUUUCAGUAAUAAUAGACACAUCAGACUUUCCUGACCAAAGCACAGCUCCGUACGGACGAGCUCCGCCUACAGACCCAGCAGCACCAGCCACAGGCAUCUUUUUCUUUGGGUUUUAGCAUUUUAAGAUAUUGUUAAGGGGAGGGGAGAAACAUUUUGCUGGUUUGACUGUUGAAAUUCAGGCUUAACUUUGCAAGCUGUUAGUUGAGAUGAUCUCUGGUAGGAUCUCACACCAUUCUCUCUUUUAGGAGACAUGUUUUGUGUUAAAGAUGGUUUGAUAAAACUAUAUAAGCUGUUGGAAUAAAUAACACAGC